AUGAAGCAGGAGAAGAAAAUUGAGAAUAAACUGGAUAACACCCUCAGUGGUGACAACGCCUCUACCACUGAAAAUGCCCAUAUUGGUGACAACAGUCGGACUAGUGACACCAGCAGAGCUAGUGACAACAUCCAUCCAUUCCAACCGCAUCAGUUCAAAAGAAAACAAUGUGCGAAAUGUUUCAAAUCCGAAGCAGAACACAACGACUCAUCUGAAACUGUAAAGACAUCUGUUACUGCAAAAAUAAUUGAUUUGAAGUCCUUCCAUGUUCACAGUAGUUCUAUUGAAAAUAAUGAGGUUAAUGCUGCCAGUGUUAUUCCUAAAGAGAGUAAUAAUGGUGCAGCAGUUACAAACAAUGUGCCAGGAAGUGACCAACAAAGAGUUGCUAAUAACUUAUCAGCUACACACGGUGAUCAAGAUAAUUUUAUAAGGGGUAGCAAACUAAGGCGUCAAGUUCCAGUUACAAAGAAACAAGAGCAUAACAAUCUGAGUUUGGUGAAAAGUAAACAAAGGAGUGAGUUCUGGCAUGGUGAAGAUUCUUGUUCUGAAAAUGGUAGUGUGAUUGAUAACAAUGAAGUGGUGGAACUCCUAGCUUAUCGAUUCGAACCUGUUAAUUCCACAACUGCAGGACCCAGUACUCCAAAAACAAAUAACACAAAAACAGUUUCUAAGCACACUCCGAGCAAAAUGUCUUCUAUGUCUAAUAAUAUCCUGGUCUCCAAACCAAUUUCUACGAAAGCACAUGUGCCUCCAGGACAAACAGAAUCAGCUGCUAAAUUAACAUCGACUGUUAGUUUAAAGAAAACUAACAAAUCAGGAAUACCUGUGAGGAAAGCAGAAGAACCACAAGUGUCUGAGUUUCAAAAAGUUGCCCAAAAUCUGAGACCUGUUUCCAAAAUCCAACCCAGUACAAAAGCAGAAGAAGGGAUUACAACAUUUCGUGUCUUGUCAGGAAAUAAAGGAGAUUCCUUUGAUGUUGAACAAAGGAAGAAAAUCAUUGACUCUAAAUCUUCUUUUGCAUCCGACACACUCUCAAAAACUGCUAAGACUGCAUUUGGAUCACAUAAGCAUGACACACUUCCUAAAAGGUUGAAAGAACCUUCCCGUCCAUCUGUCAAACCAUUAGCUGCAGAGGAUAGAAACAACUCUGAUCCUGAGCUGUUUCAGUCUCUACAAAGUGAACUAAAAGUUGUUUCAGUUUUUAAUCAAGAAGACACUGAUAAUGAAGUUACCUCGCACAGCCAGGCUGUAACAAGCAGUCAAAUUAGCUCAGAGAUUUAUUUUGGGAAGUCUAACAAACCUAAUAUUACGUCAUUACGUCAUUAUGAUGCACCAGCUGAAACUGAGCCUAAUGCUCCAGGCAAUGUGGUUAUAUUAAAUGCGGAUGGUUCUGUAUCACAUUUGAAUUCAUCACCACCACGUGUUACAUCAAAUAGUCCUAACAAGUCAGCAAGUAAAUCAAAGCGUCCUCCAUCCAUGUUUCCUUCUAAAGAGAAAGCAUCACAUCAUUUUGCUAAGCCUUACAGUGUUGUUGAUAUCAAUCCAUCAUCUAAUUUUGUAUGGCCAUAUAAAAUUGUUGAUAUUGCAACACAUCCACCGGAGAAAUACCCAGAGAAUGAAAACAACCAACCACCUAGUUUGCCAAAAUCCCAACCUCCAUCAGACAAUUUUUCCCCAUCAAGGUUUCCAAAACCUAAUUUUUCUUUUCCAGAUGUUGGACAAAAUAAGUCACCAUCUACAAGUUCCUCGAUAAGCCCUCCUCCCUUUCCUGUCAUACUGCAUGAAGAAAAAGUUACAAGUCCAAAAGAACGAGGCUAUGCUAAGCCAAGUAAGGUUGCUAUUUUCAUCGGGAAUAAUGAUUAUGACAACCUGCCAGGUGGAGCCAAUCAAGCAGAUGAUAAUUUAAAUUCAGCAAUCACUGUAGUCACUGGAUAUGAUAAUCUGGAUGGGAUGUGGCCCAUUUCUGAAGCCGAAGAAAACAAAAGAGCCAAAUCUAAGCGAGAAGUGGAGCAAGAAAAAGCUAAAAGGAGAAGUGAUGAAUUAUUUCAACAAAUUGAAAGCAAUAAAAGUGAUGGUAGUAAGAAGAACAAAGAAGAUACAUUGGCAAUGGGAUAUGAAAGACCUGUGAGCGUAGUCUCAUCUAGCAGUUCAGGCAUUGUAAAACAGAAGUCCACAUCAGACCCUGAUAUCAGUGAAAUCAGUUCAUCAGGAUAUGAUUAUUUGCAGCAACCAGUGUCCCCCAGAUCUGCCAGUGAUCAGAGCCUAGUGCAAUCUGUGAGUGAAGAAGCUGAAGAAGACUUACCUCCAUCACCAAGACGACGUACAUCAUCUAUGCCUGAUUAUGCUAAGGUUAAAAAAGAUACCUGUGAUAGAAGACAGAGAGCAAAAACUGUAGAAGUGUCUCCAACUCAUACUGAGCAAGCUAAGAUGGAAACUAGGAUGAAACCCAAAAGAGCUGCCCCACAACCACCCCAAAAAUCUGUGAGCAAAGAAAACAGAGCAUUGUCUCCUUCAAGAAUUCCAGAACUAAAAAACAGAAAUAGAGCAUUAUCACCAUCUAGGAAUGAUGUAUUGAACCCACCUACAAGACAUCCAGAUGCAACAGCAGAAAGUUUGCCACGGUACCCACCACCGCUUCCUCCCAAUAGUAAGAAUUCAGGAACAAGUUCCAAUUCAAGAGCUGGACAUCAUGCAAGUUCAGUUCAGCCACAGACAAAUUCUUCUCCAGGUAAAGCUAUGCACAGAGCUAGAUCUCCAACUAGAGGGACUGCACAAAGAACAAUGUCUCCAAACAGAGGUGCUAUUCCCAGAGUGUCUUCUGAAGUUCCAGGUACUGUACAGAGAGUGGCCUCUCCCACAAGAGAAGGAAAGAGAACUAUGUCUCCGAACAGAGGUGCCAUGCACAGAACAACUUCACCCAAUAGAGAUACAAUAGCCUCACCUGUACAAUGUGCUGUACAGAGGAAAAUGUCACCUACUAGAGAUGCUGUCAUGAGAAGAGCACCACCAACGAGAGGCAUCGCUCAGAGGACAGCCUCACCCCCUAGAGGCAUUGCACAGAGAACUGCAUCACCAACACGAGAUGCUUUACAAAGAACAUCAUCACCUUCAAGACCACAGUCCCCACCUAUUAUGAUUCCCAGACAUGAUAUCACUGAAGAACCAUCAACUUACCCAUCAACACCUCCAAAAGAGGAAUUUAUAAGACAUAUACCUGGCUUAUUGGCAGAUUCACCAACACGGCAUUCUUCUAGCCCACCAAGAACAGAUCCUAAAAACAAAUUACCUAAGUUUUCACUUAAAAAAUUGCUUGGCAAGAGAAAGGAACCUGAAACGUGUAGCCCAGAGGGAACUGUGAAUACUGCAGCAGUGCAACGCUGGUUGAACCAACAACCAAUGAUGUACCUCUCAGAUGAAGAAGCUGCCAUUUUAGAACUUCCAGCACUAGCUAUAGCCGCUGAGCUGGCAUUAAUUGAAGCUGAGGAAGCUGCUGCAGAUAAGUCUAGUAGAGACUCGCCAAUGAAACCAGACAGUGAUGCUUCUAAGAAACGCCAAGCACCUCCACCUCCUCCUACUGUACCAGCUGUUCUGAGACAGCCACAUAGUUCUGAAUCUACUGAAGGUUCACCACAGUUACAGAAAGCUUACUCAUUAUCACCUCCUACAAUACGUAGAUUGAAAGAACACCAUGAUAGCGACCCAGAAGCAACAUAUCAAAAUACAGGUAAAAGCCGUGCAGAGGUCAUGUCACCAAAGAAGCCUAACAGAAGAGAAAGAAACAAAACUACUGGAUUUGAAGACUUGCCAUCAAGACGAAAAGCCCCUGAACCACCACAUCAGCGCAGAGGAGACCAUAUUUAUGAUGAAAUACCUUAUGAUAAAAAGAGAAAGGCCCCUUCACCACCAGGGAAGAAGUCUACACCAAAGAAACCUCCUAGAAAGCUAUCAUGUGAGGAGGUUCCAAUACCUCCCCCAAGGCACAGAUCCUAUAGUAGUAGCGAUCAGGUUAACUAUGAAGCUGAAGCCAAUAGUAGUGAUGAACAUGUAAUUGUUAUUGAGCAAAAAGAAGUACAUUUGAAAUCUGCCAUGAAACACCAUGAUAAUCAUGAGAAAAUAGAAGGCAGCACACCUAAGAGACCGGUCCGCAUUGUAGCUCCAUCAGAUGAAGAUGAAACCAUGGAAGAUGAAGACGAUACAUUAGAUCCAUCCUAUGCUAAUCUAUAUGCAAUGCUGAAACAAGCAGCAAAACUAGCAUUGAGACAAGGAGAACAAAAAAGAUGGUCUUCAUCUUCUGAUGAGACAAGCAGUAGCAGUCCAAGAACUGGCAAAAGACCAGUUCCUACUCCUCGGCCCAGUGCUAAGACAGCUGAAACAAUAGAUAGAGCAUUAAGUCCAGUGAUGUUUGCAGAAGAUUCUUCAGAUGAUACUGAGAGCAACAGUAAAGCAAAUUCUUCAAAACUUGAUGAAAGUGCAUCUACUGCAACUUUGUUAGGCAGCAUAUCGACGCAAACCACAACGCUGACCGGACAGUGGACCAGACGCAUUGAACAAACUGGCGAGAUUAAUGAUCUGAAUCUAAGUACUUUGAAAAGGAUGACAACAUUUUGGAAUGUAAGCCAGGAAGGUCAUUUAGAUGUUGUUGAUGUCUGCUGGAAUGAUUUGAAUCUGCAAAGCAAUGAUGCAUGCUACACUUCGGCUAAUACAAUUAUGUAUCCAGUUAUACAUUGUACCUAUCCGGAUAGAUUACUUGCAGUACAGAUAUGCACCAAAGCUGAGAGUGAAGCUUCAUUUCUUCAUGGAGUCCAGAUAUGCAGAUCAGUUGUGCCGCAUCCCAACGUCUUGCAUGUCCUGUCGGCAUUUACAGAUCACGUACCAGAGAGCUUACUGGGAAUUGAGCCAACAUCACCCAAGAAUGGCAAGGUGCUGGAACCUGGUACAAGCAGUCCUGUGGGAGAACUCGUAGACACGUCUAUUGUGCUGACAAGCACUGUACCCAAUACCCAUACAGAUCAUUAUGUCAAACAUUCCAAAGAACUACAUGAGUUCUUACCGGAUAAGUAUGAACACAGUGUUUGUCUGUUACUACUGCAGCUAUUGCAAGGAUUGCAUCAUUUACAGCUUCAUUGUGUAACACAUGGUGCCAUCAAACUCAAUAAUCUUCUCCUGAUGGAUUCAAAGCUGCCCGGCGGAGGAACACGACUUGUUAUAACAAACUUUGAUUCAGCAAAACAGGCAACUGAGAGCGUGGAUGACGCUCUUGAUGAUCGUAGUCAUGAAUUUGAAACUGGGUUAUUGAUCUACGAGUUUUUACAUGAGAAGAGUCCGUUCAUUACCAAGCCACUUCUCAUCACGCAAGAUUACAGUCCGUCAGAUUUGCCACCACUGCCACAGCUUUCAUGUUAUUCGAGUGGACUGAACAGACUCGCCGGUGAGUUGCUGAGAAGACAGCCACAAGACAGACUCUCUAGCAAGAAUGCUAUUUGUUUACUGCAGUCUCUCUUAUGGGGUCCUUCAAGUCACAUGAUGAACGGCUUACAAGAAGUCACUUUCCAUAAAUGGUUGGAUCUAGAGCGAGCUAAGGCAGUUAAUGUGAUCGCUGAGAAACACUUGGGUUCACUUUUCUGUCAAGAACAGGGUCUAAGUUUAGAAGAUCAGCUUCGCUGUCAGUUUCUGAGUGAGACUUCUGUACCAGAUUUGAUGAACAGUUAUAAAUUAUUACAUAACUAA